UCCAAUUUCUGUUUUUGGGUCUACUUUAUAUUCACAAUUGGUGAUGCUAUUUGUCCAGAAAGAGACCGUGUAAGGCGAUGGGGUAAGUGGUUACUAGUUUAAAGUGCUAAGUUUAUUACCAGCCGAUGGUUUGGGGCCAUAUUUUCUUCACAUUAAUGGCAUAUAUAUUCUGAUUAGCAUCGAUUACAGUCACAGAACAUCAUGGUUUCGAUUUCAAAGGUUGGUUUCUUACUCUACUGUGUACCCCAUUACUGAAUAUUCUUCAAUGUAUUUCCGUAUAAUGCAGAGGUUAACCCAAACAAUACGCCCCUGCAAAAAAUGCUCGCUUUUCCUUUUCCCCAAGAGCUCUUGUCCACCUUUAUAUGGAGAAACGAUGCUUGAUCUUUCUGUAAUUUUGCUAAUUGGUACUCAACAAGCCCAUCACUUGUCCAGUGGCUCACCCUCUCUUCGUAUUGGGGUUUCUCAAAAUAGCCAAGAAACCCACCAUAAUGAGUUCUUAUCAAAUUUUCACCUUGCCUCGAAUUCAAAGCAUGGAAUUUUGGGUGCCUACAAAGAAGAGAAAAAAGAAGAAUUUCAAGAAGUGGUAGCAGUAGAAGAGGAAGAAGAAAUUGUUUGUAGAAGGAUUGAGAGCAUAACCCAUAAAAAGGAAUCAUCUCAUAACCGGUUUUCACCAAGUUUUUGCCAUGCCCCAAAUGCGAAAAGUGGAAUUUUGGGUAUUCAUAAGGAAGAUAAAGGACAAGAAUUUGAAAUAGAGGGAGAAGAAGAUGACAUUUGUAGAAGGAUUGAGAGCAUAACCCACAAGAAGGAAUCAUUUCUCACCGACAAAAAGCCAGGUAUUUAUGCGCAGUCCCUCUCUCAAGGUGAAUCCUUUUCCAAUGUUGAAAACAUUUAUAACAUAUUGAAGAGGUUUCAUAAUAAAGAUCAUCAAUUAAAAUUAGCUUUAACAAACGGUGGUAUAGUGCUUAGUCCAUCCCUAGUCGAGAAAGUACUGAAACGGUGUGGUGAAUCCGGAAACUUGAGUUUUCGGUUCUUCAUCUGGUCGUCAAAACAACCAGGUUAUUGUCACAGUUAUGAUUGUUACAAGCUUAUGAUUAAGCAAUUAGGGAAAAUGAGGCAAUUUGGGACUGUUUGGGCGUUGCUUGAAGAAAUGAGAAAGGAUAAUCCUGAGCAUAUAACACCUGAAACCUUUGUAAUUUUGCUUAGGAGAUUUGCAGCUUCUCGAAUGGUGGGAAAAGCUAUUGAAGUCUUGGAUGAGAUGCCUAAAUUUGGGUGUGAACCUGAUGAGCAUACGUUUGGUUGCCUCCUAGAUGCUCUUUGUAAAAACAAUGCUGUCAAAGAAGCUGCUUCUUUAUUUGAGGAUAUGAAGUAUAAAUUCUCACCCAAUUUGAAGCAUUAUACCUCUUUGUUAUAUGGGUGGUGUCGAGAAGGGAAAAUAAUAGAGGCUAAGCAUAUCCUUGUUCAAAUGAAAGAAGCGGGUUUCGAGCCUGAUAUUGUGGUGUAUAAUAAUCUGUUAAGUGGGUUUGCAAUUGCUGAGAAAAUGGAAGAUGGGUAUGAUCUCUUAAUUGAAAUGAAGCAUAAGGGUUACCCCCCUAAUGCCACAUCAUACACUAUAUUGAUUCAAGCCCUUUGCUCAAAGGGAAGAAUGGAAGAGGCCCUUCGGCUCUUUGUGGAGAUGAAAAGAAAUGGAUGCUUGGCUGAUGUUGUAACUUAUACUACUCUUAUAAGUGGGUUUUGCAAGGUGGGUAAGCUGGAUAAUGCUUAUGAGCUCCUAGAGAGCAUGGUUAAGCAAGGUUGUCGCCCUAAUCAAAUGACAUACCUGUGUAUAUUGGGUGCUCAUGAGAAGAAGGAAGAGCUUGAAGAAUGCCUAGAACUAGUAAGAGAAAUGUCUAAGACUGGAAUCAAACCUGAUGCUAACAUAUAUAACACUCUGAUACGGUUGGCCUGUAAAUUGGGUCAGGUUAAAGAAGCUUUUGAUGUCUGGAAUGAAAUGGAAGCCAAAGGGUUUAGUGCAGGGAUUGAUUCUUUUACUAUUAUGAUACAUGGGUUGCUUUUGCAGGGCAACUCUCUCAUAGAUGCCUGCAAAUACUUCAAAGAAAUGGUGGGAAGAGGCCUUUUGGCUACUCCUCAGUAUGGAACCUUUAAAGAGCUUCUCAAUGGUCUUAUGAGAGCAGGGAAACUAGAAAUGGGGAAAGAUAUUUGGGAUACUAUUAGGAGCGGUGGAUGCCAUCUUAAUGUAUAUGCAUAUACCAUAUGGAUUCAUUCAUUGUUUGAUCAUGGGCAUGUCAAAGAAGCAUGCGGGUAUUGUUUGGAGAUGCUUGAUGGUGGUAUCAUGCCACAAGCUGACACAUUUGCUAAGCUUAUGAGAGGGUUAAGGAAAUUAUAUAAUAGACAAAUUGCAGCUGAAAUCACAGAGAGAGUUAGGCAGAUGGCUUCUGAUAGGAACAUGAGCUUCAAGAGUUACUCCCGUCGGGGGGUGAAGCUUGACCUUGAGAAACUAACACCUAAGAAGAAGAAGAACGAGAAAGAUGCCAAAAAGGCGAAGAAGAGUAGGUUUCAGAGGCACAGGAUGAGGUCAUCGUGAUGUGUAUGUGGGAAAAUUCAGCAACUUUCCCAAUGUCUUCAUCAGCUAUACUCUCUCUAAACCAUGGCCUGAGACUGACGACACAUCGCCAGGUUCCAUCCAUUUCUCGCUGGAAAAUGAUGCUCUCGGCCACCUCUGCUAUGGUUUCCAGCAACUCAAAACCAGUUUCAAAGUCACUGAACUCAAAAGCGAGCUCUCUGAAAGAGUCAUUUACAUCUUCUUCAACCUUCCAUUUUGCUCACAGUUUGGGUAUCAGACCCGAGGCUUUCUGCCCCUCUCCAGAAAUAGGGCUUUGUUCAGUGCUAUUCGUUCUCUCCGUGGCUCCCACUCCUGCUCCUACACAAUUUCCGUAUAUUUUUGGUAGCUAAGGACCUAAUAAUUGGACAAACCCAAUAAGGUUGCUUGUAACAAUAACUGAGAGUAGGGACUAGAAGAGUUAUGACAAUAACAGGAGGGGAUUGUUUUUGGGCAAAUAAGGAUUGGAAGAUAGGAGAACAGAGACGAGGUUAUGCUGCUUUGCUGCUCCAUGGAAUUGGGGAGACGUGUGUUGAAACCUAUGGUACAGUGAUGCUGAUGGAAGAGUUCACCCUUGUGGAGGGGGGAGAUGUUUUAGACCACUAAUGGAGUUCCUCUAUAGCUUGUAGAAACUAGAAAAUAAUUUGGAGGUAAAAUGCCUGAGUUGGGUGCUUGGAGGGGAUUGGAACACGGCAAUGUUUCCAUAGUUACCAGAGAGGGAAAAGAAUGCGAGAAGCAGUACGUGAAACAUAAGCAUGAAGUAUGGGCUAAAAUUUUAUUUGAAAAGUGAUUCAAGGGAGCAUCAUGAUGUGUCUAUGAAGCGGUACAAAAACCAAAAGACAAAAUUCAGGAAGUGUUUUGGAACUAAGAAACUAAAUGGAAGUGAGCAAAGAGUGUCCAGCGAAACUCAAAACAUUUCUUUGUGAAACAGGUACGAAGCAACCUAGAAAGGUCUCUCACUUGGAUUUUAGUUUCUCCAUAUAAGGCGACCCAUGUAAAUUUUCUCCACUAUUUCCCUUUCUUUAUUGUGAUCAUCUAUUUAUUACGGACAUGGUCUCUCUCUCUCUCUCUCUAACUCUCAAGGCGACAUUGUGUCUCUUAGUGUUUCUCUCUUCCUCU